AUGUCCGACGACGAGCACGUAGACAUCGGUUAUGUCUACGACAGCGAUGAACAGGACGCCUUCUACGAAGCUAUCGACAAGUGCCUGGAGAAGGGCUACAAAUUCGAGUCAUUUCCCCAUCACUGUUCCCCCGAGGGGGUCACACUCCCCAUCACCGACUUCGAGAGGGCUCUGGAAUCCGACUCGACCCUGCGACGUCUGCAGACAGCAGGGCUCGAUGCAUGGAUGAAUGCCUCAGCGGCGGUUAGAGAUCUGCGCUGGGAGGAGGUCUGCGAGGUGGCGGAUGACGAGAAUCAAUUUGUCGAUUCUGUGUGGGACAGGGACCUCUUGGACGGAAAGUUUCUGGUGGUCUGUCGAGACGUGCUGAAAGAGUAUGUGAGCUCAGUCCAAGGGAGACUCUCACAGGGGGAAGCUGUGCGCACUGGAGAUGCAGAGACCUCGAUGAACGUGGAUCCGACUGAAUUAUGGCCUCAGUCUCUCGGUGGCCACUUGCAAGACCUGGAAGAUGAUCAAGCCAUCUCGCCUGCCGUGGACCCUGCCAGUCGACCCAGCCGGCCCCGAUUAGGUCAGCUUCCGAACGCCUUCAAGUUGAAUCUGAACACCAGUCACAACAGUCUCGCGACUAGUGUGACUCGACUCGGUAAAUUUCUGCGCCGACUCACACACAAGCCUCUCGCUCAAAUUGAUGCUGAGAUGGGAUUCACCGAAGGGACCGCCUACAGGCUGCUCACAUGGAGUGACUACAAGCCGUACUGGGAGGGCAAUCGCGGCUUCUACAACGUCAGAUCGCGCGACAAGCUGGAUAAGCUACAACGCUUCAGAGAACGGUUGAACGACGGCCAGUCUAUCAUGCAGAUGGCGACGAAGAUGAUGCGGGACGACACCCAGCUGAACCAGAAAGAAGCUUUUCGCCGCCUUAAAGCUCUGUUUUCUGAAACGAUUCCCGUCGAUCAGUUUCUUUGGCUCGAGUCGUAUUAUCGUGACUAUCCAAAUGAGAGCCACAAGAACGCCAUCACGGCAGAGUGGAAUGAGAAGUGGUUACAAGGCGGUGAAUACGAUGUCUUCAACACUCUGAUGGGCUCCAUUACCGCUGAGCAAAUGAGCGAGGCUGCCGAUGCUAAUGCCAUCAUUCCACAAGAGAUCCCAAUCAGACCGCACGGAGGAGUCAGCGCCCCAAUCGAGCUUCCCGACAGGUCGAUGAUCGGCACAGCCAUGAGCGACGCGCGUGUCGAUGUACCGGUCUUUGAAGACGAGGCCGAUGGAGAGACGGACAAUGAGGAAACAGACGAGGGAGAGACGACCCGGGGAACAGUCUGGCCGACACGAGGGGAGACGAGACAAGCAUGGAUCGCUCUGAUGAAAGAAGCAGUGACCGCCCACAACGAUCUGAGUGAUAACUCCCGAAGAUUGAAGAAAUUCGCCAGAGCCAUCGGCAAACACGCGUUGGCCAUUGUUGAUGCCAGAAUGGGCUAUUCAAAGGGGACUACACUCACCUUGCUCAGGUGGAAUACAGACUUCCGACCCCUAUGGAUCAGCAACCAAAACAUAGACGAAGAUGACCGUCGAGCGCUGACCCAGUUCCACGACUUCCACGCGACAUUGACGAGCGAGGAAGGAUCCUUCGAAUCCAUGAUUGCAUGGACAAUCGCGAGGGCCCCGGGCAGCAAGCGCCGCACGGUCGGGAACAAGCAAGCCCGCUUGUACGCUCAUGCUCAUCCGGACAUCCAGCGCGAGCGUCUUGACAAGUAUCACCCUGGGACAGCAAGUUCUAGACCGCGAGGCAAUAUGAAGAGAAGAAUAUUGCGCGACAGAGAUGACGCUUUCCAGAAUCUGAGACCACCUCUCCAAUGUCCUGAGAUUGAGCCUGACGAUGGGUCUGAUACCUCGAUGGAGGAUGCGUCAGACAUCUAUGGAGAUGAUGUAGAGGAAGUCAACAUGCAUGACUGA